UCUAGUCUCGUCCUAAAGGGCCGGUCCAGAUUCAAGUAAUGCUAUUGCUACCUAUUUAAAACUGCGUGUCGUUUUAAAGUUCUUUUGGCACCUUAUACCUUUUCUUGCCAAAUUAGCCGAAAUACCAAGCUACAAAGGAACGAAGACCGAGGAGAACGACGAAAGAGCGAUAAAUCACUACCAUCUCCAUCACAGCCACCACUAUAUCACUACCGUCAUCACCACUACCACCUCUGAACCUUAACCCUAAUUCAGAUGGCGUCAGUCACAAUGAUGUCGUCUCCUUCGCAAGCGUCGUCGUUGUCGCUCAAAACGCAGUCGUUUUUCUCGUCUUCACUCUUUUCUUCUUCUCGAGUCUCGUUGUCUUCCAAUGAGUCUCGUUCUCGAAUUUUCGUCCAUCCUAGCGUUAAGUGCGAUAUGGCUGAGCCAGUAAAUGUUGGGAAUGGGAAGCCUAGUAUUCCUAUUCUUAAUGAAAGAACACUGCCCAAGUUCUUGGAAUCUGCCCGCAUGGAGAAAUCAGUUAACAGAAAUAGUACGAGGCUGAAGUUGUUUUCUGGCUCUGCAAAUCCUGCUCUUUCUCAGGAAAUUGCUUGGUAUAUGGGCCUCGAAUUAGGAAAGAUCAACAUAAAACGAUUUGCUGAUGGUGAAAUUUAUGUCCAGUUGCAAGAAAGUGUUAGAGGAUGUGAUGUAUAUCUAUUACAACCAACCUGCCCCUCAGCAAAUGAGAAUCUCAUGGAGCUUUUGAUCAUGAUAGAUGCAUGCAGGAGAGCAUCAGCAAAGAAUAUCACUGCUGUGAUUCCCUAUUUUGGAUAUGCCAGAGCUGAUAGAAAGACUGAAGGUCGUGAAUCUAUUGCGGCCAAACUUGUCGCAAAUCUUAUCACAGAAGCUGGUGCAAAUCGCGUUCUUGCCUGUGAUCUUCAUUCAGGCCAGUCCAUGGGCUAUUUUGAUAUUUCUGUUGACCAUGUGUACUGCCAGCCUGUGAUUCUUGAUUAUCUUGCAAGCAAGACAGUUUCUUCUAAUGACUUGGUAGUGGUUUCACCUGAUGUUGGUGGAGUUGCAAGAGCACGUGCUUUUGCAAAGAAGUUGUCUGAUGCCCCUUUAGCUAUUGUGGAUAAAAGGCGUCAGGGACACAAUGUUGCUGAGGUUAUGAACCUUAUUGGUGAUGUAAAAGGAAAGGUUGCAGUCAUGGUGGAUGACAUGAUUGACACUGCUGGUACAAUUGCAAAAGGAGCAGCCCUUUUACACCAUGAAGGUGCCCGGGAAGUCUAUGCAUGCUGCACUCAUGCUGUUUUUAGCCCUCCUGCAAUUGAGAGGUUGUCAAGUGGCCUAUUUCAAGAAGUGAUUAUUACAAACACAAUUCCAGUGGCUGAGAAGAACUAUUUCCCUCAGUUGACUGUUCUUUCAGUAGCGAACCUGUUGGGCGAGACCAUUUGGCGUAUUCACGAUGAUUGCUCUGUAAGCAGCAUUUUCCAGUGAAUAGAUUGACCUUAAUUCAACUAAACAUUAGUUGCAAACUGGUGACUAUUGGUUUGCUCCAUUCUACUCUGGUUAACUUCAAGUUUCCUAUUAGCUGUUGCUUAUUCAUCUUAUUGCUAUGAAAAGCUGGCCAAGGUGGAGACUACAGGUUCAAAACUAUGCUAGGACAGGAAAAUCAAUACAUAGUUUUUAGGGUUGCUUCCUCUUUCUCUCUCUCUAUUAUUAUUAUUAUUAUUAUUAUUAUUAUUAUUAUUUAAUUUAGUCUAUUCCUUUUCUACAUUUUUUUGUCAAUUGAUAAUUUACCAUAUAUUUAUAUUUUCAAGUAGGCCCAGAAUAAUGUUGUCUAAUUCUACAUUGUAAGCAGGGGAUUGGUCCUUAAGUGACCAGUAAUGCUUCAAUUCUUUCUUUUCAGGCAAAUGCUAGUUCUGCUCCA